AUGGCGGCUCAGGCGGCCCAAGCGGCGCAGGCCGAGGCCUCGGAGUCGUGGUACCUGGCGCUGCUGGGCUUUGCCGAGCACUUCCGCACGUCCAGCCCUCCCAAGAUCCGACUGUGCGUACACUGCCUGCAGGCCGUGUUUCCCUUCAAGCCUCCGCAGCGCAUCGAGGCCCGCACGCACCUGCAACUGGGUUCUGUGCUCUACCACCACACCAAGAACAGUGAGCUGGCCCGAAGCCACCUCGAGAAAGCGUGGUUGAUAUCUCAACAAAUUCCACAAUUUGAAGAUGUCAAAUUUGAAGCAGCAAGUCUUCUGUCUGAACUGUAUUGCCAAGAGAAUUCAGUUGAUGCUGCAAAACCACUCUUGCGUAAAGCAAUUCAGAUUUCACAGCAAACACCCUACUGGCAUUGUAGACUCCUCUUUCAGCUUGCACAACUCCACACACUUGAAAAAGAUUUGGUAUCUGCAUGUGACCUACUUGGAGUUGGAGCAGAGUAUGCCAGGGUAGUGGGAUCAGAAUAUACCAGGGCAUUGUUCUUGCUGAGUAAAGGGAUGCUUCUUCUGAUGGAGAGGAAGUUGCAAGAAGUUCAUCCCCUUCUGACACUUUGUGGACAAAUAGUUGAAAACUGGCAGGGGAAUCCCAUACAGAAGGAGUCUCUCCGAGUGUUCUUCUUGGUCCUCCAGGUGACCCAUUACUUGGAUGCUGGACAGGUGAAAAGUGUGAAACCAUGUCUAAAGCAGCUACAGCAAUGUAUUCAAACUAUUUCUACUCUUCAUGAUGAUGAAAUUUUACCCAGCAAUCCUGCUGACCUCUUUCAUUGGCUGCCCAAAGAGCACAUGUGUGUAUUGGUCUACCUGGUGACUGUGAUGCAUUCUAUGCAAGCUGGCUACUUGGAGAAAGCACAGAAGUACACAGACAAAGCACUCAUGCAGCUAGAAAAGUUAAAAAUGUUAGACUGCAGUCCUAUAUUGUCAUCUUUCCAAGUGAUAUUGCUUGAACACAUAAUCAUGUGCCGACUUGUCACAGGACACAAGGCCACUGCUCUACAGGAGAUCUCACAAGUCUGUCAGCUGUGCCAGCAAUCUCCAAGGCUAUUUUCUAAUCAUGCUGCCCAGUUACAUACUUUAUUAGGUCUGUACUGUAUUUCUGUUAACUGCAUGGAUAAUGCAGAAGCUCAAUUCACUACUGCAUUACGGCUAACCACUCAUCAGGAGUUAUGGGCAUUUAUUGUGACAAACCUAGCCAGUGUGUAUAUCCGAGAAGGCAAUAGACACCAAGAGCUGUACAAUUUAUUGGAAAGAAUAAAUCCAGACCACAACUUUCCUGUAAGUUCUCACUGCCUCAGAGCUGCUGCUUUCUACAUCCGAGGACUCUUCUCUUUCUUUCAGGGAAGAUACAAUGAAGCAAAGCGAUUUUUACGAGAAACCCUGAAAAUGUCAAAUGCAGAAGAUUUGAACCGGUUAACAGCCUGUUCCCUUGUCCUCCUGGGUCAUAUAUUCUAUGUAUUAGGGAAUCAUAGGGAGAGUAAUAAUAUGGUGGUACCAGCUAUGCAGCUGGCUAGCAAGAUUCCAGACAUGUCUGUGCAGCUGUGGUCUUCAGCUCUGCUGAGAGACCUGAAUAAAGCUUGUGGGAAUGCAAUGGAUGCUCAUGAAGCUGCCCAGAUGCAUCAGAACUUCUCCCAGCAGCUUCUCCAGGAUCACAUUGAAGCUUGUAGCCUUCCAGAACACAACCUGAUCACGUGGACAGAUGGGCCACCCCCUGUACAGUUUCAGGCGCAGAAUGGACCUACCACCAGCCUUGCUAGUCUCCUGUGAAGGAAAACUUGGCUAAAGUGACACAUGCAACUUGGCCCCCUGGGCAGAAGAAAAUCUAUCCUGGAGGAUUUUCCAGGAGGGGAAAAUGAGGAAUUUCCUGUACAGCCAAAAGCCUUAAUCAAGACUAAACACAACCUGCAUUUCAAAGACUCAAAAAGGACAUUUUAAGCUGCUUUUAAAGAUGAGAGGUGUGUGUGUCCCUUACACACAACUUCUGGAUUUUUAACUGUAUUUGAUGCUUCUGGUUUUCCUCAGUACAGCAUGGUACAGGAUCCAGAAUACUGUUAGGGGAUAUUGGAGGCAGGGGAGUCUGUCUUUCCUCAUUUACCGAACAUCCACUGUGUGAAAUUCUCCAACUCAAUCUUGGUGGGAAACCAUCACUUGGAAAUGGAUUCUGACCAGACUGCCAAUCACUGCUCUAAAUAUUUAAGUCCUACCUGAAAUGAAGUGCUUCUGGUUGGAGUAGGGGCGGGAGUGGGGAAGAGUCUACUACAAGGAGGCUCCAAGUAGCAUGUAGUGUGAGAUUUAAUCAUGACUCUGUGCCUGGGGGUGGGUAUGGAGAGCUGGCAAACCUCAAAAUCCUUCUCUUAGGGAAGUCCCAUGUGUCGAUGCUGUUCUGUAGCAAAUCACCGAGUGCACCCAGAUUAAACCAGUUCUUCUCUAAUAAAGGUAAAAAAGUAAGAUUAGUUACUUUUUAACCUUUCAUUGCCUAGUGAGUAGCCAUGUGUUUUGAGGGAGGGGCAGCGUCCUCCUCCCCCAUAACUCUUUAAUAUGUCACUCGGACAGCUUUAUGAAUAAAGCUUGAAGGUGUAAGUUUAACUUGACCCCAACACCCAGAUUAGAGGCAGAUAUCUGGAAAGAUUAAAUCACUUUGGAAUAAAUGCACAUUUGUACAGAAAAUGGCUUUUUCAACAUACCUUUUGAAUAUCCCAUUAUUCAAUAGGAUUUUAGUCCUGUACUACGCUGAACCUUUGUUCAGGCUCACUUAGAAGUCCAAGAAUGCCAGCUUCCAAGUGUAAGGCACCUUGAUCUACUACACUGUUCUGUUGUGUAUAUUAUUAUACAUAAAUAUAUAUAUAUAUGUAUGUAUGGAUGUAUGUGUUGUGUACUUCUAUAUCUACAGAGCUAGAGGCUUGUGUUUACAUUUCCCCUAACAACAGGCACUGAUUGGGGGAGGUCAUAUGAGGUUCCUCACUUUGAUUUAAACCUACCCCUCUGCCCAUUUUGGAAGUGAAAGGUACUUGGGAGCACUAUCUGUUCUUUCCUUUGAAAAUCUGCUUGGAAGAACCAAACAUUCCCUUUUAAAGGACCCCAGGAUUGGUGGGUUUGGUUGUUGUAAUCAACAGGGCUGUAGCAGCACAAGGGUGGUAUGAACUGGAAGUCACAGCAACCCAAACAAAAAUUUCAGUUUCCAUUUCCCGAGCAGCUUGCACAGUACCUGGAAUGUGGUAACCGUUUAAUAAAUGAUGGUUGAAAUGAAGUAGCCCACAAAUUAAAUGGGCCUCCCUAAGAUUGACAAAGAAAGAUACUCUCUAGGUUAUUGGGAUAUCACUGAGCUGAGAGAGGAUAGACAUAGUUUCAUAUGAAGCACUUCCCCCAGAUGGUUGUUGGUUUCCUGGCCUAUAUCAUAAAACUGCUUUAUUCCUUCCUCCCUCUUUGGGUAGGUCAAAGGCUCAAAGGCAAGACCAUUUUGGGUCACUUCAGGAGAACUAGUACAAGAAGAGGUUGUUUUUUUUCUUCCAAGCCACCAGUGCUUACUGAGCUGACCAAUCCCAGUAUAAAAGGUUGUCACGUCUCUCGGGAUCAGUUUGAUUUAGAUCAAUUUAACUUACUAUUAUUUCUUAUUUGAGAUGAUCUCUUUCAGGAGAGAAUAGUUAGCAAAUUUGUUAAUUUUUCGUAUUUAUACAUCUAUUGGGAAACCUAAUAAUUUGAAGUAAGAUGUCCUAUCAUGAAUAGCAUUAUUGCAUAUGUGUAAAUGAAAAUGUUUUGACUUUCCACAGCAGUGGACCCCAUGUUCAGUCUACACACUCAGCACUGACACCUAUAAUAAUGAACUAGAUUAUGUAAGCUAACACGUGAUUACCUGCCCACCCACCCUGAAUCAGAAACUUGCAAAUUCUAACUUUGUUUUGAAGGCCUUACACCUGCUUCUCAUUGAAAAAAAGGAUGAGUUAGCAAAGCCUUGGAAUUAGAAGAUUGAAGUUAGAAGGCUUGAUCAGCUAGUGAAAUGUAAUCUAACAGAAGAGAAAACUAAAGUUCAGACAUGAGAAGUGAUAUGCCUAUUUAUACAGCUGGUCAUUCACCCUUCUCAUGGAAAAUUCAUCUCUGCAACUUUUGAAAGGGUCUAGGAUUGCCUUCUGGUCACUAGGAAGGAAACAAGAUUCAGAACACAAGAACAGAAAGCAUAAUGGGCUAGGAGUAAGGAAACCUGGGUUCUCUUCUCAACUCUGCUAUUAACUGAUAGUGUGAACUUGAGCAAAUCACUUCCAAUUGUUUGAGCUUCAAUUUUUCAUUUCAGUGGGGAUGGGAUAGGGAAUGUCAAUGAGGAGAGGAAAGCCUGGUAGGGAAUUAAAUGAUCUCUAGGAUCUCCUAAAGCCCUGGUCUUCUAUGAUUCUGUGAAGGCUCCGGGCUCCUUCCAGCUUCUUGUUUGCUCCUCUGCCUCUCAGGUGAUGAACAUUCUUCAUCUCGCAUCCUUUGUGUAAACAAUUUGUUUGAGAGGUGAAAAGGCUCCUUGGAGGACUUCCAGCCUCUGAUUAAGAGAGACCUGGGAGCCUUCUGACCCUAGGUCUCUUCUUGACACAUAAGUCUUUGUUCAUUCCUUGUUACAGGUUGCAGGAAGGAGAAGCCUCUUCAAGACAAGAGCUAAUAAAGGCUAAAGUGAAAAAUCACUUGGCACCCUAGCAAGGACUCCCUUCCCUUCACUAUGACUUGGCUCUGUCCCCUCAUAAUAUACAGUCUGCCCACCACCUGACUGGUGAACUAAUCCCACUGUUUCCAUUGUCUUGUGCAACAUUAUGACCAAGUGUAUGUUUUUUCGUGUUACAUGCUUCUAAGGCAGUCUCAUGUAGCAUGACUUAAGCUACAGGCCAUGCAUUCUUGGUAUUCAAUGGCCUGCCUUAGCCUUACUUAAGCUACGUGAGUGCAUGUACAUGAUAUGCCCUCUUCAGUUUCAUCUGACCAUAGAAUCCUUAAAUAAUAAUAAUAGUUAACAUUUAUAGAUGUUCCUGACCCUGUACUAAGAGCUUUACAGUUCUCAUUUGAUCUUCACAACAACGUGAUCAGGUAGGUACUAUUCCUAACCCCAUUUUACAAAUGUGGAAACUGAAGUAAAUGGAUGAGGUAGCUUGCCCAAGGUCAUACAACUAAGUGUCCGAGAUGGAAUCUGAACCCAUCUUCCUGACUUCAGACUCGGUGUUCUAUCCACUGCCUUAGAGGCCAUCUAGUCUGAUUUUAUUUUACAGAUGAAAAAACUAAAUCCCAGGGAGAGAACCCAGGUGUUAGAGGUGUAGUAAAAAGCAGAACCCAGUCACCUGAUUCUAAGUAAAAAUGUCUCCUUAUAACAUGGCCUCCCUCAACAAUAGCUAACAGAAAAGAUUUGUUCCCCAUCUUGCCAAGUAAGAUGCAUAAAAUGCUUUAGAUGUAGAUGAAUGAGAAUGAGCAUCAUCCCGGUUCUCUCCCUGGACAAUUGGCUAGAAUUUGUGAGCCAUUCUCCUGGCAAGUUUGGUGUCACAGAUGAUGAGGAGCGAGACUUCAUUUGAAUCCCAUAGGGUCCGAGUGACCAUGUCUUCUUAAGGUGAUUAACUUAAGGGCACGGUCAGCAAAACCAGUCCCUGUUAGUAAAGAUCUUAUCCACCUCAGUACUGGAUCAGCUAACCUCAUGUUGGAGGAUUUUUAGUUGGCAGGUAUCCUAAAGGGCAAUAAUUUCCCACAAGAAUGGAACAAAUUUUCCACCACUGUAUCCCUGGCCAAUGGUCAUCACUAUUCACACAGCUUGUGCCAUUGUUGAACAACUCGAGUGGUCAGAAUUCUUAGGCCAAAUGACAAUCUACCUCCUUAUAAUUUCUACUCUAAUUUCUCUUUAUGAAUUAAAAGCAAAAAAAAAAAGUGUAUAAACCUUUGCCUAGAUACAUAGAACUUUCAUACAAGUGAAAAUAUUCUCAUGGUCUUCAUCCAACUUUUCCCUCAAGGAUUAGUUAGCACACAGAGUGAUUGCAUUUUGAGGUUGUCACAAAAAUGAGCAGAAAGCAGCCAGUAUUUAAGAACAUAGACUGCAUCAAAGGGCAGAGGGAUGAUUAUUUGUUUGUUUUUUCCCCUUGGGGUGGAGGGUGGGAUAGCAAAUGGGAUGACCCUUUCACUCCUGCCUAGAAAGACUAGAUUUCUAUUUUUUAGUAACCAAGAUACUGAAGGAUACAGGGAAGGGAUAAUUAUAUUACCAAACCAGUUAAAGGAAAAUUAGGUUCAGAAGCAAGUCUUUCAGAAUGAGCACCUUGUGGCCUGUAUUCUAUGACUUCUUAUUUGGUUAAUGAAAAGGUUUAUUAUUAUUUUUAUUUAGAGACCACUUGCAGAGGGACUGUUGAGUACAAAACCCAGAAUUUUAUUUCGUGGAAUUAAGGUUUUCCAGACCCGUAUCCAGAGAACUAGAGAAUCCUAGAAUGUCAGAGCUUUUGGAAGGAUCCCUCAAACAGAAGAAAGAUCCUAGGAUUUAGAAAAGAGGUAAUUUUAUCAUGAGUGCAUGAGACAAACAGCAUGACUGGAGAGAGAGCUGGCCUCUGAACCUUGAAGAUAUACCGGCUGUGCAACCCCUAAGCAAGUCGACCUCUGCUCCAAAAAGCUGAGACUCCUUGCUCCAACAUUGGUAGGAAAAGUGUUUUCACUCAAAAUUCCCUACAGCAAUAAAACUGCAGGUUCAGACCAAGAAAAGAAGGGGGGAAAUUGAGCCACAUAGUCAUAUAUCCUGAUAUGUGCAAGCUGCAUGACUUUCUUAUUGAAUAAUUACUCAAUGGUCCAUGACACCUGGCAGCAUUUGCACAACAGUACGGUCAUACUAGACUAUUCGUGGGUGUUAGUUAAUUUAGCAAAUAUGUUUUGCUAAAAAUCUGAGCUGAGUCACAUGUCCUAGGAUUUCAGGGUUGACAGGGCUUUGACCAUAUCUUAUCAAACCCUCCUCAUUUUAUAAAUAAGUAAACAAAGAUACAAAGAGAGGGAAGAUAUGACUUAUCCAAGGUCACACAACUAGUUAAGGCUAGAAUGUGAAAAGAACCAGAAGUCCUCACUACAGAUCUCUUUAUAUUGUAUUACCACUACUGCCUCAGAAACAAGUUAGACCUAUAUAUCUUGAGUUAUUUGAAAAUCAUCCAACUGUCACUGCCUUUUACAUAUGCCUGUCCCCACUCCUCUCUGGUUGUAAGCAUUUGUGAGUGGUCUAAAUUAUGUAUUUUCCAUAUCACCCGGGAUAGGGCUUCACACACAGUAGGUGCCUAAUAAAUUUUGUUAAAAAAGAAAAAGUUUAAAAGUGGGAACAAUUUAUUUUGAGGACAGCGGGGAAAUCGUUUCAGUUUGUACAAAAACAUUAAUUUGGUGAUAAUGCUUGGCCACUGUGGAUGAAAUUAUCCAUUUGUUGCCUAAUUCUGUUUAUACCAUAGACUCUAACAUUCUGGGUAUAACAUAGAUUGUUUUCAUGUAUUUGUUUAUUCCAUUGUACUCAUACUUUUAAAUCCUGCUGAGGCUUUUAAUCCAGAGAAACGAUAUGUAUAUAUAAUAAUGUUGCUGUAUAAUAAGACGUACCCUCUUGCCUUAGCGUGUCUAUUGUUUAAUUCUUUUUUCUUCCAUAUUAGAAUUUUAAAUAAAAUAAGUUGACCGGUAA